AUGUCUGCCAGUACAGAGCGUAAAGUAGAGCAGGUCUCGACAACUGCUGCCCCCGCGCCUCUACCGCAGUUUUCUCAGGCUAUAAAAUACAAUGGAUUGAUUUUCUGCUCUGGGAAUAUUGGAGCUAUUCCUGGCACGAAUCUGCAGCUCGUCGAGGGCACCGCCAAGGAUCGCACAAGGCAAACGUUGAAAAACAUCAGUGCUGUGCUGGAAGCCGGCGGUAGCAGCUUGCGCAAUGUUCUCAAAGUGAACAUCUUUAUCACCGACAUGGCAAACUUCUCAUUAAUCAACGAGGCGUACGAUGAGUUUUUCACCUGGUCUCCGAAGCCUGCGCGGACAUGUGUAGCUGUUCACCAGCUGCCUUUGGGUACUGAUGUCGAGAUUGAAUGUACUGCAUUUGUUAACUAA